AUGCAAUUCUUUUGUGUUGACUUGGCCAAAAGCUGGCAAGAAGAGGAGUUUCUCGACAGGAUUGCUUCUCACUCGGAUGGCGGUUCAUCUUCUUCGAAUCUACCAGAUAUAAUGCUGCGCCGACUAGCCCCACGCCACAUUUGCUACGUAUCGUGCAACCCCCACUCUCAGGCUCCUGACCUCGAAGCGUUUUGCGCCAAGGUGAAACCUGAAAUGGGUGAAGUAGGCACGUACAGAGUGCGAUACUUGCAGCCAGUGGAUAUGCUUCCGCACACUCCGCAUAUUGAGACGGUCGCGUGGCUCGAGCGGUGCGCUUAG